AUGAUAGGGGAACAAGUACGUGGUUGUUUUCAUUCCCCUGGUUUUUCGACAUGAAGGAAGCAAACAUGGCUCUUCCUGUCAGUGUGGGGGAUCUGCUGCAAGCGGAGCUCCUGGAGGACGCUGCUUACCGGGACGACGGGCUGUGUGUGGUCGGUAUUUUCGGUAAAAGCAGCAUGCAGCUCGGCUCGCUGAAGGAGUCUCUGAUCAACACGCUGGCGGACAAGCACCUGUUCUCGAUGUUCGGCGGGCCGGAGGACGGCGGCACCCCGAGCAGCCACAUCCAGGCUUUCUACAACCAGGAGAACCGGGUGCUGUACCUCCUGCUCUCCUCCGUCUGCGACGGCCGACAGCUGCUGCGGGCCUGCCUGUCUCUGGGUGCCGGGACCGGACACUCGGACGCCCACGACUUCUGGAAGAGCCUAGAGAGGCAGCACUGCCUCCACCUGCUCUACAUGUUCUCCGUGUGUCACGUCCUGCUGCUCGUCCACCCCAACCAGACCUUUGACGUGACAUACGACCGGCUCUUCAGGGCUCUGGACGCCCUGCGGCAGAAGGUCCUGCCUCUGAUCCGAGCUGCCAUCAAAGACUGCCCGGUGUCCAAGGAGUGGAAGCUGAACUGCCGGCCCUGCCCUCCACGGCUGCUCUUCGUCUUCCAGAUGAACGGCACUCUGAAGGUCCCUGCAAACGGCUUAGAGUCUGGAGGAAACCCUGACAAACCCAAGAAACAUUCUCCCAGGCGGAGGCUGCAGCACGCCUUGGAGGACCAGAUUUAUCGCAUCUUCCGUAAAAGUCGAGUUCUAACCAACCAGAGUAGCAACUGCUUGUUCACUGUGCCCGCCAACCAGGCGUUUGUGUACGUGAUCCCAGCAGCAGAUGAUGACCCCUUAGGUGCACUGCUCGGUCAGCUGCGCUCCAACUGCAUGUUGUCUGAACAGGACUCCUCUGUGUCGGUGUCAGGACCGAGGCGCUAUCAGCAAAUGCGACAUUCAGCUCGGCAGCUCAGCAGCAGCGGUGACUCGGGCAGCAUAUCGAUGGGCAGUCAGCUGGUGGACUGCAGCCUGAAGGAGUUCCUCUGGCAGCACGUCGAGCUGGUGCUCACUAAGAAAGGUUUUGAUGACAGCGUGGGACGCAACCCACAGCCUUCGCACUUUGAGUUGCCAAACUACACCAAAUGGGUCCAGGUCGCCACGAGACUCCACCAAGUUCUCAUCAAAAACACAGAUGAAGAAAUGGCUGAGCUAGCUGCAAAAGUGCAAAGCCAGGUGAAGGUUCUGGAGGGUUUUCUUGACGCUGACACAAAGUUCUCUGAGAACAGGUGCCAAAAAGCUCUGCCACUGGCUCACAGCGCCUACCAGUCCAACCUGCCUCAUAACUACACCACCACGGUGCACAAAAACCAGCUGGCUCAGGCUCUGCGGGUGUACAGUCAGCACGCUCGAGGUGUGGCUUUCCAACGUUACGCUCUGCAGCUUCAUGAGGACUGUUACAACUUCUGGAGCAACGGCCACCAGCUAUGUGAGGAGCGAAGUCUGACUGACCAGCACUGUGUUCACAAGUUCCACCUGCUGCCUCAGCCAGGAGAGAAGCCUGAUAUGGAUCACAACCCGCCCAUCAUGAACCACAACAGCAGGGGGCGCUCCACCAGCUCCUGUAACUGUGGCCGGAAACAGGCUCCUCGCGAGGAUCCGUUUGACAUCCAGACAGCAAAUUAUGACUUCUACCAGAUGCUGGAGGAGAAAUGCUGUGGGAAGCUGGAGAGGAUUGACUUUCCGGUGUUCCAGCCCAGCACUCCUGACCCAGCUCCGGCCAACCAAGCUCAGAGAAACCCCUGUGAGGCUUCAGGGUCAGGUGAUUCAGAGAGGCUGAAGGAGCCCAGUACUGCCCAGAGCCAUACACCUGGAGACACCAGCCUCAGCCUGGCUCUCAGUCUAGGCCAGUCCACAGACAGCCUGGGGCCCUACGGGGAUGGAGAUGGACCCGAAACCCAAGUCCAGCAAAAGAGGCCGAGUCUUGUUGACCGGCAGCCCUCCACUGUGGAGUACCUUCCUGGAAUGAUGCACUCUGGCUGCCCUAAAGGUCUCCUCCCUAAGUUCUCCAGCUGGUCACUGGUGAAACUUGGCCCAGCAAAGUCAUAUAACUGCCACACGGGCCUGGAGCAGCCAGGCUUCCUCCCCGGCUCCUCAUUCCUCUUGCCAUGGGACUUGGUGAUUCGCUCCCGCUCAGAGGAGGAUGCAGGACUAACAGAGCCUUUGGACGGAGGCACCUCCUCGUGGCCAGCCCCCAACAAGAGCCUCAUUGGGAAGCGAGGCAGCACCGGAGGGCUCGGUAGGAGUCGCAGGAGGGAAGACAUGGCUCGCAUCUUUGUGGGGUUCGAGUACGAAGACGGCAGGGGGAGACGCUUCAUAAGCUGUGGACCUGAUAAAAUAGUGAAGGUGUUGGGGCCGGGGGGCGCUAAAGAUCCCGCCACCAGAGUGCUAAACACCGACAUGCCGCUGUACAUCCCCUCUCCCUCCCAGGGCCGCGGCCUGAAGCCCCACUUCUCCCAGCUGGCUCGCCUUUUUGUUGUAGUGCCUGAUGCCCCACUGGAGGUUACCCUCAACCCACAGGUACAGCCAGGCCCUCCUCCAUGCCCAAUCUUCCACCCAGAGCAGUCGGAUAUAACGUUGCCACCUGAUGGCUUUUGGGUGCUGCGGUUUCCUUAUUCCUACGCCACAGAGCGCGGUCCCUGUUACCCCCCCAAAGAGAACCAGCCACUGAACAACUACAAAGUGCUGCGAGGCAUCCUGAAGGCCACCACGGCCAACCCUCCACCACAGUGAACCUUAACGUUUCAUCCAGGACUCCACCUUCCCAGUGUUAUUGCUGCACAGCUUUGCAUAGACGCUGCAGAUAUUUCCUUCAUUUGUUUGACGUGUUUUACACUGGAUUUCGAUGAAAUAAGAUGCGGAUGGGCAUGGUCUCCACAGAUAAGCGUUUUCACACGUGCUCUGCAACCCUUAACUAACCCUUAACAACAGAGGUGUAUGUGAGAAUGUAUCAGCUGGUCUUUAACCUGCCAGCUCUUUAGUAUAAACUCUGUUCAUGUAGAUGUGUUGCUUUUACCUCCGGCAGUGCCGCGUGUCUUGCUGUAUACGGGCUGUUUCCUCACCAAAACCACACAGAAUGUUUCCAGCAGGGCAGAUGUGUUUGAAGUGGACUCUUUCCCCAAGUGUGAAAAAUAACCUGACCUGAUUCUCCCAAAAAAAAAAAACCUGUCAGAAGUGCAUGUGUGAAAAUAGCUUUGGAUGCCUGCUGAUUUAGAUCAUUGGUUCUCAAACUGUGGGCCACGAAUAACCAGAGAAAAACUGAAUGAAGAGAAACAAAGAAGAGUUUGCUGAUGGUGGUGGUAUUACAUUUAAUUCACUAAAAUUUUGAUCUUUCUUUAUGUUAUCAAUAAGUAAAAAUUGUAAGGUGCGACCCUUUUAUUGGCUUGUGAACAGGGUGUGCUAGAAAAAGUUUGAGAACUGCCAAUUCCCUCGAUAGUUUACAUCCCAGGAGACCAACCGAUUCUGACAAUAAGCUUCACAUUUGAAGCUCGUGCUUCAAGUAAAAGCACCAGAAAAACAUUCCUUCGAACAACCUGAGGGGGCACAGAUGCUGUAGCCGCUGUUUAAACUGCACCUUCUUCUGAGUUCGGGUGCUGACUUUCCAGUAGCGGUAUUCCUGCACGUUCUCUGAUUGGCAGGCUGUGCUGAGGAUGUAAAAUUUCCUGUCACUUCUCGUGUGUAAAAACGAUGAAUGCCGUGUAGGAGAGACUGUGUGAACUAAGGGAGGGAGGGCGCGGCGAAGCCCUCGUUGGAGCAGAGGCUGCAGUCGACUGGUUGCAGCUGAACUUGUGUUUAUUUUGUUUUAGUUUGUAAAGGUAACGCACGCCGCUGCUCACAAACUCAGAGACACUCAAACUGAAAGAUGUUUUUGUUUCUCUGUAAAUAAAAACCAAUCAUUUA